AUGACAGCAGACUUGGAAAGAGAUCCAUUUUACCUUCGUACAGGUCAUCAAGGAAUGCAUGGACAUGAGUUUUUGGAGUUCGAAUAUUCACAUGGACGGAUCAGAUAUGCCAACAACUCGAAUUAUAGAAAUGAUUCUUUGAUCCGAAAAGAGAUGUUCGUCUCACCCGCAGUGGUGGACGAGUUGAAGCGGAUCAUCCGAGAUAGUGAAAUAACCAAAGAAGACGACGUCUCAUGGCCAAAGAAGAAUAUAGUGGGGAAGCAAGAAUUGGAAGUUAGGAUUGACAAAGAGCAUAUUUCUUUCGAGACGGCGAAAAUUGGAUCUUUAGCAGAUGUCAACGAAUCGGCCGAUGCGGAAGGUCUUCGAGUGUUUUAUUAUCUGGUUCAGGAUCUCAAAUGUUUCAUAUUCUCACUCAUCACUCUUCAUUUCAAAAUCAAACCUAGUAAGUUGUUCCUUACCUUAUUAAGGAAUCGACUGACAAUUCUCAGUUCAAACAUGAUCCCUCUCGAAUCUUUGGGCGUCAAGUAG